AAUCCCAAAUACAAUAUCUAAAUCGAAGAAAUUCAAAACUCAAUUUUAAGAAUUUUUUUUAAAAUAUUUGAAUCGUGAAUAAAAAAUAAGAGUAAGAGGGAAUGAAACGAUUCUUGAGAUAUUGAAUAUGAACAACUUUUUUUUUUUUUUUGCGUAACACUGUUACUUGAUGAGAGAGAGAGACGCCUCGUUUGACUGUUGCUUUUCGCUUCUCACUUCUCAAGUCAUUCCAAAAAGAACAAUAAUAAUAGAAUCGCCGUCACUGUCUCCGUUACGUAACCGCUAACCCUUUUAUUUCCUUAUUCAACUCCGUCUCUUUAAACAGACUCCGUUUUCUUUCUUUCUCUCUCAAAGGGGAUCAUCUUUCAAGUUCUCAAUUUUCUCUGGACUCAAAGGCUCACCUUUUAGGAUGGUUUGUUGGUGUUAACAAUGUAACUGUCCUUGCUUCAGUUGCUGGUGUCGAAUGUAGUGUGAAUUUGAUUGAUUGAUGAAACUUUGUGGAUAUUGUUGUGUUUAGAAUUGAACCAUGAAGAUAUUUAUGAGAUUCAUCAGGGUUUUAUGGAUUGAUUGAUUGAUUGAUUGAUUGAUGCAUCUACGACACUGCUGGGUUUUUCAUUUGAUUUGUGAAGAUGUCCAUAGAGAGCUUUUUGUUGACUGUUAGGGGUUUGUAAGUUGCAUAGGCGAAAAGAGCAAGGAAAAAAGAAUGGGGGAAGCUCUUCUCACUACACUGUCAAUGGAGAAUUGUCACCCAUCUACACUUUUGUCAAUGGAUUCAGGUUCUUUUCCACCAGAUGAAUUUGAGAGAGAGAUGAGCCGGUCUAUGCUUCUCUCUCGGCCACCUGAUAUCAAUCUCCCGCUAUCGUCUGAACCAAGCCCACCUCCACUGGCAUGGAAUGAUUUAUAUGAUAACUUAGAUGUUAGCCUUGCACCUCAGACAUAUGAGGCUGACGCAGUUGUCAAUGUCCCAAAAGUUGCUAAGAAAUGCAUCAAGCGUCUUGAUAGCAUUUGGGGUGCUUGGUUUUUCUUUACUUCCUACUUCAAGCCUGUCUUGAAUGGAAAAUCAAAGUCUAAGCUAAUUAGGGAUGGCAAUGGUGUGUCUGGUUAUGACAAGUCAGAAUUGCACCUAGAUACUUUCUUGGUUCAGCAUGAUAUGGAGAAUAUGUAUAUGUGGGUUUUCAAGGAAAGGCCGGAAAAUGCACUUGGUAAGAUGCAAUUGAGGAGUUACAUGAAUGGUCACUCUCGGCAAGGUGAGCGCCCAUUUCCAUUUAGUGUGGUUAAGGGUUUUGUUAGAUCUCAUAGAAUGCAGAGGAAGCACUACAGGGGUCUCUCUAAUCCUCAGUGUUUACAUGGGAUUGAAGUUGUGGCAUCACCAAACCUCUCUAACCUUGAUGAUGAAGAGAAGAGGAGGUGGACAGAACUUACUGGGAGGGAUAUAAACUUCUCUAUUCCUCCAGAAGCCAGUGAUUUUGAAGCUUGGAGGAACCUUACAAAUGCAGAAUUUGAGCUUGAGCGCCUCCCUGCUCCUCUAAAGAGUAAUUUAAAUUCCCACCCUAAAAAAUUGCUUAACAGUACUGGUUUGAACUUAUCAACGCAGCCAUUAGAACAUAGCAAUUGUGAUGGGAUGGAUGUAUCAACUGUCUGCAACAAACGGAAAAAGGACUAUUUCUGGCAUGGAAAUGAUGAGGAUGCUCAUUUACCUAAUAAUUUGCAUGCUAACCAAGUUUUGGAUAUGAAAAUUCACCCUGUCGAGCCAACAUGGUUGAAUGAAUUUAGCGGGGUAAUGAAGAAUGUGUAUGGGCCCGUUACAGCAGCAAAAACAAUAUACCAAGAUGAUGAAGGGUUUUUGAUCAUCGUCAGCCUGCCCUUUUCAGAUCUUCAAAGGGUGAAAGUUACUUGGAGAAAUACUCCCUCACAUGGAAUUGUAAAGAUAUCUUGUGUGAGUACAGCCUGCAUGCCAGUCAUUAAGAGACAUGAUAGGACAUUUAAGCUAACAGAUCCAACACCAGAGCACUGCCCUCCAGGGGAAUUUAUUAGAGAGAUUCCCCUUCCAAACCGCAUUCCGGAAGAUGCUAAACUGGAAGCAUACUGUGAUGAGACAGGAACAAUGCUUGAGAUUAUUGUCCCCAAGCAUCAUGUAGGACCAGAAGAGCAUGAGGUCCGUGUCUGCCUUCGCCCCUCACCAUGGAGUGAACGAGCAUUUGUGGACCUGGAGGAAUCGAUAGUGUGAUACAUGUAAAGAUGUUAGAGUGGUUGGUGCUUCAUCGUUUACUAACCUCAUUCCUUAAGGAAAUCUGUGAAAUUAAAAACUGCAUUUUUUUAGAUAAUAUGUUUUUUUAUCAUACCUUUUAUAAUUUUCAAUUUAUCUUUAGAUCUGUCGUGAUUCAUCAUAUUUAGUGACAAUUUAUGGACUUAAUAACUGUUCUACAUACAUGUAGAUUCUUUGAAUUAAUUUUGUGAUUUGUGAAAUUGGAAUUUUGCGCUUUCCCUUGGCUUGAAGUUUUAAGUUUUGCAUUAGGGCGGAUAGAUUGUCUGUUCUCUUAUCUAUACCUUAUGAGAAUCUUCAUUCGAGCACGAGUCAAACGAAAUUGUGAGUUUCAUGCUGCUUUCCAAAGAAUCAUUAAUGUUCUUAUGCAUAUCAUUUCAUGGUUUUGUGCGAAAUGAAAAUGAAUGCAGCUUCCAAGUUUAUGUUUUAUAUGUUCAAAACAUUUUCCUUCUCUUUGCCUCUGCCUUAACAUUGGAUGUGCCUUACUAAAGAAGAUACAAUAUUUUGAACAUUUUUCCACACAGCAAAGGAAAAAAAAACAACCAUUGAGAUUAGUUGUGUAAUUGAAUAUUUUAUUUUAUCCAAGCAAACCACAAAACUGGAGAUUGUUUCCAUCAAAAGAAACACUUUGAGAGAGCCUAAGCUCACCAAUUAAAAAAAAA